AUGGAGGGGCUUAAAGGGGCAGUUAGGCUUCAGCUGCCGCUGUCAGAGCCUCACAGCGCCAGCCCUUUGGACCCGCUCUGGCCCGUGGCCCCCGGCUGGGACACUCUUACAGCGGGGCCCCUCUGCAGAGCGUCAGAUCUGGAGGACUGGGGCGUUGGAUAUUGUGCUGUGAGAGCUCUUGCUGUGGAACGACUCAUGCAGACACAAACAAACCCCAGGUGGCAGUUUGACGGCUUCACAGGUAGAGACGGCGUCCUAACUUGGGGACUCGACUCCUCAGAGGGCCGGUAUUCAGGGAGUGCUGCUGCUCUCGUAUUUAAUUCUACAUUUACGUCUUUUUCAGUGUCAAUCACAGCCGCAGGGAUUAACUGCAGGUUUAGCCUGGUGUGACCUGUAAUGAGACAGAGGAAAAUGAGUGCAGCUCUACUUUUCAGCAACUGAGUUCGCAGAUUAUCAACAAUAUGAGAGCCGGAGGAAAGAAUGACGCUUGGAAAAACAACAAAUGCCAGGAUGAGAUUCGUCAAACUGCUUUUAAAGAAGUUUAAAUUCUCACGUUAUGUCUCAAGUCAUUGUGUAAGUGGUUAUUAAAGAUGAAAGCUAAACACCUCAUGUAUGCCAACUUCACUUUGACACUCACACACUGAGCCUCCUCGCCUCUAAACUGUUCUGUGUUAGUCAGUGUUGUUUUCACGGCCAAACAGCUUUUUAAACUCAAAGCACAGCCAGAGGCUCCAGCAGCAGAAAAAGAUCUCCAGUGGAGCUCCCAGCGUGACGUGGACCCUCUGUGGACACGCCGUGGAGUAGCUCGGGAUCAUCAGGCGUCUAUCCUUAUUAAAGAAACCUACGCCUCCACUUAA